GGUCUCAAAGUUUGACUUUGUUUUUAAAGAGCAGAGGGAAGAUGGGGUAUGUUGAUGGCAGGAUACAGGCACCUAGUACCACUGACUCAGGUUUUGACCAAUGGGAGAUUAACAACUCUUUGAUUAUGAAUUGGCUUAUCCAUUCGAUGGUUCCAGAACUUGGUGAGGGCUACUUGUCUAUGGAGACUGCCUAGGACAUUUGGGAGGCUGUGGCUGUUACCUAUUCCCACAAAGGAAAUUUUUCACAGGCAUUUGAGUUGCGUCGCUCUAUUGAGAGCACACUUCAGGGGGAGCAGACUGUUCUUCAGUACUUCACUUUCCUCACCAACGGCUGGAAACGCCUUGACCACCUGGAAGACUAUAAGCCCGUUUGCCCUACUGAUUCUAUCGGGUACAAGAAGUUCAUCGCACGGGAACGGGUCUUUAAAUUUUUGGCUGGCCUAAAUAUGGAGUAUGAUCCAGUUAGGGGUCGAGUUCUGAGUAUGGACACUCUUCCUUCACUGCAAGAGGCAUUUGCCUAUGUCCAAAAUGAGGAGAGUCGUCGGUCUGCUAUGAUGUCCCCUUUCUCUACUGACCGUUCCGCAUUACUGUCUACUCCUCGAGAUAGCCUCAGCCUGCCUCCUCCGUCUGCUGCGAAGGAGUCUGUAUUCUGUGAUUAUUGCAAAAAGCCGCGGCAUACUCGUGAGACGUGUUGGAAGCUUCAUGGGACUCCAUCUGGGGGUCGAGGUGAUCGGUCUGGUUCUCGAGGAGGUCGGUCAGGCCAAUCUAGAGGACGUGGUUCCUAUUCCCGGGCUCAUCAGUCUAGUGCCGUUGAUACCCUUGAUUCUAAUUCUACUUCUGUUACCCAAGCUUCUGCUACUGAGCUGGAGGAUGCUUUGCGCCAAUUGUUGGAUCGCCGGUCUUCUACUGCUCUCAAUCAUAUGUCUGGCUCCUCUGAUCUUUUCUCUGCCUAUAAGCCUUCUUCAGGUCAGGACAAAGUUAGGGUUGCCGAUGGUACUGUUUCUUCCAUUUCUGGGAAAGGUUUAGUCCAAGUCACUUCUACCAUACCUUUAUCUUCUGUUCUCCAUGUUCCCAAGUUUUCUUAUUUAUCAGCAAGAAAUCAAGAUGAAGCAAUAACCAUCGUUGUUUCAAGUAGAAACGCUCAUGAGAGGAGAGGUAUACAGCAUUGUUCUUGA